UGAAGAGUUCCACAAUUUGACAACAGGAAGUUGCAUGUGGUAUAAAGUAGUGCUGACAAGAUGAAUGAAAAGGAAGAGCAAGUUCGUCUGGUACUGAAGUUGUUAGAAGCAUUAACAACCCCUGAUCAAACAAAAACUAAUGGAAAAGUUCAAAGAAAGCAGUGAUCCAGAAGAAAAUGGAUUUGAUUGGCUGUUGAAAACAAAUUUAGCCUUGUACCGAGAAAUUCUUGAGACAGAUAAAUAUCAGAAUGUGAAACUUAUGUUGAAUGAAUCUGUUUCCAUGGAAACUGAAGUAGACACAUGCAGGUGGCGCUUUGUAUGUGCAUGCUUAGAAACACUUACACUGCUACAGACAUCUAUUUCCAUUGCAAUGGAAGAAUUCACAAAAAAGUCUAAAGAAAAUCCUUCACCAGAGCUCCGCCCAGGACAAGCACCCCCAUUAUCUCCCGACAGCCUAAGCAUUGGUCAUCAUAAAAUGGUACUGACCACAAUUCAGUUUGUGGUCAUUUUGGGGAUCAGUCCAAAGCUUGACUCCGGUGUUGGUAUUCCCAUGGAGAGAAGAUCGGAAUUUGCCAAACUGUUACUUGCAUCUUCCAAACCAGAUGAAGCAUCACCCGAGAGCAGAAAUUUGUGUUUGUUUUCUUGUGUUAAAGUAUUUAUGUCAUUGUUGGAUAUUCCUUCACUUGCUGGUCUAGUCCUGUCCAGACAUUUAAAUGAUUUGCUAGCUUCUCUGUUGAUGUUGUUACACAGCAUUCCCAAACAUAUUGAAAAGCCGAUACCUGAAACUUUGAAAGAUAAAAAAUCUACAGAAAUCACUACCCCAGAAUCUGAAAUAGACAGUUUGAGUUUGGCUACCACUACGGCACCAUCCAACUGGACCCCUGCUUCUGUUGUUGAUAUGGUCGUAAAGAAACAAUUGCAUUCAACAAGUAAAGGGGAGAAUACUGUAGUUGAUAAAGAAGCACCUGAUCACGAAGGAACCCACAUGGUAGAUUUAUGUAAGGAGGGACCUACCGACAAGGGAGCACUUCUCGAAAAGGGAGCCAUGGACAAGGAAGAGUUUCUCAGGGAGGAACUGAGCAGCAAGAAGUCACUUGGAGACCGUGAACUGCAGUUGUGCGAGACAUGGUUACAACAGCUACUAGAAAAGGCCCAUCCUCAAAUGCUUGUCCGUGAACUUUUGUUACUACAAAGUGGGGCACCUGCUCCUCCCAAACAGGUUGGCACUGCAAAGAGAAAGUGGGCAUCCCCAGUCUGGCUGAGAAAGGUGUGUGGACGUCUGCUUACCAACAUCCUCAUGAAACCCAAGGGAGUCAUUCAUGUCCUGCAGGGCAUGCUAGAUGGCCCUGGACGAGAGAAAGGGAAAUCCACAGCUUCUGAUUGGAGGAAAUGUGAUGCGGUUGCCAAGGUGAUUGCCUGUUGUCCCAUGACAUCAACGUCCGUGGAGGAAUACUAUGCUCUUGUUUCACCCCAGAUUUUGCUGUUACUGCAUCACCCAGACACUAAGGUAUGUCAGGAAUUCCUCCGGGUAGCCUGUACAACUAUAGCCAGGAUGAUGGCUCAGCAGCCGGACCUGACAAGGAAAUAUCUAUUAUCUCCCUUAAUGGAGCCCCUGGAGAGAUGCUCUGAGCUAAAACCCAUCGGAGCAGAGAAUCAGUGUUUGGUGGAGGAAAAGGAGCUGACCACAUGCCUUGAGGACUUACAUAAGGUAUUUGUGGCUGGGUCUGAACCAAACACCCCAUUGAUGACAAGCCUUUUACCUGUAAGCCAAACCAUCUUUUUGCUUUUCUGCUACACAAAGAAGGGAGUGUCCCAUCUCAGCAUGUGCUGUAAGGAGAUCUUGGUUUCCCUUCUGAAGGGGCUGGACAAGGAAGAGGCUAUAGCCUUGUUACACCAGUGGGUCCUCGGCACAGAGACACACCAGCUGCAGGAAAAUCCAGAGAGUAAAAAGGCUGAUAACAAACUCUCCAUUGCCAUCACAAAAAUUCACCCAGAAGUCCAGUUUUCGGCUGGGGACAGUGGAGGAGUUACUGUUGUUGUCAGGGGAGGCAGUAACCAUGGUGAUGAGGGGGCAGUAACCAAUGAAAUGAUGACCGCUGCUGCUUUAAUUAUCCUGAAGGAUUUAGAAAAGAGUGGCCUGACUGGUGAUUUCUUCUUGGCACUGUUAAUGGAAUUGACUGAAAUCAUCAAUCGAGAGAUUCACAGAGAUGUCCGUGUCCCACUGAAAAUGGAAGGUAAUGGACAAGAACUCAUGGAAGCUGAAAUGAAAGAAAAACGGAUGGCAGAUAACUUCCAGCGCAAAGUAUCUGUUUUGAACCUGCUGGCAGCUAUUUGUGAGGAAAUAGGGCCAUCAUGUCUGAAAAACACCCAGCAGACACUCAAGUUUGUACAGGUAACACUUGAAAGAGGGGUACAGGUGUGUAAGAACACCUCUGAUGAAGUUCUCGGAGCAUUUGAGAGCGAGACCCUUACCAUGGCGAUGGGCAUGCUCACUGCUGUACUUACUGGUACCAUUAAGAUUACUGAGGAUGACAGGGAAUACAUGAAGAAACUGAUGCCCCUGUUGGAGGAUAUCAGCUCCAAUCAUCCUGACAACACUAUACAGGAAAUGGCCUCUGACCUUAGAGUUGCCAUAGCUACACAUGGGGUGAUCUGGUCUGAGUUGCUGAAGAGUAGCACAAAGGGAGAUAAGCAGCAAAACUUGUCGAGCAAACAGGAAUCCCUAGGUGCUGAAGAAUCUAAAACAGGCAAGAAACCUUUGGUGGAAGUGAUAAGCCAAACUUCUCCUCAAAAGUUACAGCAAAGUCUUCCAAAACAACAGCAGGCUUCUGGUGAAAAAGGACGCUAUUCUGAAGAAGGGGCACCACAAAACCAUUCUGCUUCAAAAUCUAGUACUGGAAAAGGCAAAGAAACUGCUUCAGAAUUUUCAGCUUUAGGGCAGGCAUUUGAGGAACUCCAUGACCCCCUCAUUCCAGUCAGGGGUCAUGCAUUGAUCACGAUGAAUAAACUGAUACAGAAGAAAGAUCCUGAAGCAAUGGAGAAAAGAGAGAUUCUGUUGAACAUUUUCAAGGAAAAUCUGCAUCACCCAGACUCUUACUUGUAUUUAUCGUCUGUGAAUGGAUUAGUUUCUAUGGUAGACAAAUUUCCAGAUGUGGUUAUCCCAGUUCUGACAGAGGAGUUCUUGUCAGGAGCAGCAUCAGCCCCGACACAACAAGGGGACAGUACUAGGAAGGCUGAUGACAGGAUUAAAGUGGGAGAGUGCCUGGUUCAGAUUUCAAGGAAAUUAGGUGACAUGGCACCCCGUUACCGUGACAACCUGCUGACAACUUUUCUACAGGGAUGUAAAGAUACCGAUCCACUUAUCCGUGCCAGCUGUCUUUCAAACCUGGGAGAACUCUGUAAAGUACUACGCUUCUCUGUCGGAAACUUCAUUCAUUUGAUAUUUAACUGUACCUGUGUGUUACUGAAGUCCGACACCAGCUUAGAGGUGAGGCAGGCUGCAGCCAUGAUGGUAUCCCUUCAGCUAGAAGGACUAGGGAAAGAUACACUUAAGGUACUUGAAUCCGUUAUUAGGGAUGUAUACCGAACACUAAGGCAGUGCAUGGUGACCGAGAAAGAAGAUGGUGUGAAAAUGCAGAUCACACUGGCUCUGAACACACUGGAUUCCAUCACCAGGGAGGUAAUGUUCCCUAAACAGACACUGGAAAAGAAGAUCCGAAUCCUGGAUACAAGUUAAACUUGUUUAUGGUUUCAUGUUUUUCCAAAAUGAUAAUAUUUUUAAAAGUUGAUUUUGAAUUAGAAAUAAUUCUGGUACUCUUCUUACAAAGGAUUAAAAAAAAAUUAAAAAUAACAGAAAAGAUGUGUUAAUAGUUUUUCCACAAAACUGUAUACUUGAGUAAUGAUAUUCUAACACCACAAUAAAACCUAGUGAAACAUUUCCAUUCGAAUAUGACAUAUGCAGAUAUGACAGAGGAACCCUUGGAGGAGGUGUAUUUAUUCAAGUGAAAAAAUCCCUAACAUCAGUGAAACACCAGAAUAUGUUAGGACUGUGAAGUAGAACAGGUCAAAAUCUAGCUCCGAGGAAACGAGGAUUUCAUCCAGAGAAACAAGAACGUGAUAAUAGGAUACUUUUACAUGUCGCACAGAAGUAACUUGGACUUAAUAAAAAGCAUCUGGAUAAAGGACUCGCAACGAUUAUGGACUAAAAAAAAUAAAAACUUAAUGUUGACUUGAUACUUCAACUCCUCUGACAUUUUUUGUGACAACAAGACAUUAAACCAGGGAAGACAGAAUAGGUAAACAUAAAGGCUACUAAUCAGGGUUCACCCUGGACCCACAAAUCAUGGGCCAUUUUGACAAGAUUUCAGAAAUCGUAUGGGCCUAAACAUAGAAAAUUGAAGAAUUUGUGAGUUUUGGUGGGCCAUUUUUGAAAAUAUGGGGCAAAUGGCCCCCUCCAGAGUUAUCCCUGCUAAUAUCAACAUAACAACUAGCACAAUCACACGACCAACCAACAUGUGAAAACAUGUUAUGUAGUCUUCAUAUUUACUACAAACCUAAGCCUAAAGUGUACCUCGGUAUCGUAAAAUGAGAUGGUAGUUACAGGCAUCCAGACAGAACCUAACCAUUCCUCACUAGCAAGGAAGUUCUAUCAAGAUUAACGUGUAUUUCGAUUUUGGAACAACUAACAGAAGACAUCAAAUAAGUUCGAGCAAAACUCAAACUAAUGCAAAUGUACAUGACUUCUGGAGAGCAUUCAACGAGGGCAUGCGCCGUCUCGCCUUUCAAAGCAAAGUUACUGUCAUCUUCUGGUAUAACAGUAUUCACUAUCGACAAAGACAGCAGAAUACCAAAAAAGAGGGGAACUAUCUUGUAUUAAAAUAGACGCAAUUGGUGUUAAAAAUUACCAUGCAACUUAAAAACUUGAACAUUCUGGUCCAUUAUUCGGUAGUCAACAUCGACAAAGAUACAUUGUAGCAGGAAAAAAAACUAUCCUGUACUGUACCUCAAAGUAGACGCAAUCGAUGUAAUCAUCAAAGAAAACACAGAAGAAAUAUCUGUUGGACUCGCAAAAAUAUCUUCUUUUGAAUCGCUUGACACGGGAGAACUUCCAACAAACUUCAGAAAUGCAAACAACAAUAUGCAACAUACUUCGGAAAAGGACCGCUUAGCAUUGCCAACAUAUGUCUGGUACAAACUUCUGGAACAUUUUAUGUCAAUAUAUGCUAAAACACAAAGCAAAUGCUAGUCACUGUUUCAGAUAUGGUUAUUCGUGCGAGACGCACUCGCUCUCGACCACGAACGACUUGGCAAAGCAAUAUUGGACUUCGCCAUUGCGUAAGACUCCAAACCACACAAGAAAACUCCUGCAUAAAGUCGAGCAAUACUAUAUGUGUGGGGACAACAUAUAACUGGCAAUUAUCUAGGGCCACUUCUCUUCCUCUGCCAUAUAAAUGACCUAUCAGACUCACAAGUACGCCUGUUUCCUGACGACUGUCUUUUGUAUCUCCAAAUAAAACCAUUCAGCGACAACAACAUCCUCCAAAAAGACCUAUAAAACCUUGAAGAACGGGCAGAUUCAUAAGUAUUAAACCUGAGGCUAAAAUGCUGCAUCAUGCCCAUUUGAAAAGACAAUUUUGAAGAAGAAGAAAUUAUAUAUCUCUUAUGGACUAUGGAAGUAAGUGGUUGAAUAAUUGAUACCAAUCCUUCCCCCAGACAAGAUAACCUAACACUCGGGAAGAACCGGAAAUCACCACAAAGGUUUCAAAGAACUAUUAAACAUCAACAACAUUAAACAAAAACUGCCCAGAGUCAUUGAUCAUCCAACCCCAGGAUACAGACAAGAAAUAUACAUAAACUCCUUCCUGGCAAAAACAUAGCAUUUAUGAUAAAAGACUAGAUCUAUGCGAAGAAAGAAUAGAGGGACACGUCUAUGAUAAAUUACGGUUUUCUCAGUUUUCCAAGAGCAAAUUCAGAAUACAAUAUCUGUUAGCACAAUUGAUCCAAUCGGCAAGAACGCUAUAAAGAACCAUGCACUCCUUCCACGUCCUCGAUGUCCAAGGGUAAUGCUUUCUACAAACCCGAGAACGAACCCUUUGAAUAUCGUGGAUACCUGAACGUCCUCAUGUUUUUAAUGUUUCAAGAUGCAGUAAUAUGGUGAACAGAAAAAAGAGGUAGUACCUUGUGUCAAACAGUGCUUGACAGUCAUGUACGGACGUUCCCAAUUGGACGAUUAGAAAAAAUGCCUAAAAAUCAAUACGCUUCGACCCUUUUACUAUUUUUGAUGUUAUGACAAAUUGGCUUUGACUCGUGUCAAGGUUUUCCCACACUAACAAAAAAGAGUCAAUAUAAAAACGGAUGAUUCAUAUAUGGGAUUUGGAUGAAAUCGUAGGUCAGUAUAGCUAUACUUACUUUUAAGUAAAAUUACUUUACAGGGUUUGCACUGGGCAUUUCUUAAAGGGGGGUCCUUUUCAGAUAUAAUGGGGUCCUUGUGAAUAAUUUGAAUGGAGCUUCCAGAAAAAAUGGUCCUUUCAAUUUUCUAUGCUUCAAAAGGCUAUUGGGAUGGCUUCAACGCGAAGCCUGCUUUAACCAUUCUACAGUAAUCCAAUAUGAUAGGUUGUCACACCUGUCACACUUUCGCGGUAUCGCAUGUAGAACUUGUGUCAUAGAAAACGGUGUCAUUCGCUUCUUUGGUGUCUAAUCGGUUCUUGCUUUUGGUAUCAAGUAAAAGAAGGAAUUUGUACUUAAAUGAUGAAAUGGUAGCAUUUUUUCUUUAUCAUGUAGUUUAGAUGUCAGAUGUUUUCAAUACGAUAUGUGACGGUGAUUUUUUAUUUAUUUUUUUUGCCAUAAAGGCUAGCAUUUUUAAUCUUACAGUUUUCUUCUUUUGUUAUGCUGGAAAUAUUUCAAUGUGGAUGGAUUGAUACUAACGUGAUAUACACUGUACACAGUGUAUGCACUGGAGAUGCCCGAAAUUGUUAGAACAAGAGGUAACUGAUAAUAUAUUGAUAUGUGUAUAACGCAAGUAACACACAGUACAAUACUGCUCACCUUCCUUGUAAACUUUAAGAUAAAUUGCCAACUGAAUCACCAAGGCAUCAUUGAUGAUCAAUAAUGUCAAGCAUACAAGAACGAGGAAAUAUAUAUCAAUAUUUAUUUAUUUCUUCACUACAUAUAAUACGAAUAUGUAAUCAAAAUACAAAACCUGAUUUUACUUCAACCUUCCCUUAAAAUCAAAGCUUAAAUUAUCAUUUUUCUACAAUGAUCUAUUUCCUGCCAGUUUUAUUUUGGCGAUCAUGUUUUGACCGUAUCUUGUUCUAAAAAUCAUAGAUACAUAUAUAUGUAUUUCAUUGUCACAUACUAGAUUUAAAGCUGACAAUCGACUUAUUUAUUUAUGAUUUUUAUUCUCAGGUUGUAGAAACCUGGCACACGAUGGGUCAACAAUAACGGAUUUGAUUUGUUAAAUGUCCGCUUGACCAAAGAAGAAUUUAGCAUCAAAUAGCAAAGGGCUCGUAACAAUACGGGUUUGGCGAAAACUUGCAUGGUUAGUUAUACGUAAAUACAAAAAUGAAAUGCUCUCUUUUGGGCAAUAAUGGGCCGCUCUGAAAAUAUCUAAUCCAUAAAUAUGAGAUAAAUAGGUUACAUUGUCAGCUUUAAUGUAAGAAGACUGCAAGAAAAGAGAGAAGUAAAACUAUAGUAACAAUGGUUUUUAUGAAAAGAUGAUAAACGGAUAUUGCAAAUGAAUACAAAAAAUUCUGUGAUUGCUCCUCGUAUCCUAUAAAGAGACGAUAUGAGGCCCAAUGGGCGAUGUAUGAAUUUUUCAUGUUUUUAUACUUUUAUUUCAAACAAAUAAUACAAUAGACCUUUGCUGGAUUUGUUCAAUAUGGGUUGUUUAUAAAAAUAAACAACAAAAAAACGUUGAAGACAUUUCA